AUGCAGACGUUGCAGCUAUUGUACGGGCGUCCGGAGCAGAUCAUCAAUGCUCUUCUCACAAAAGUACGGGAAGUUCCUCCACCGAAAGCAGAAAAUUUACGGACACUAGUGACGUUCGGACUGGCAGUGCAGAACUUCUGCGAGCAUUUAGUUGCAGCGGGUCAAGUGACUCACCUCUCAAAUCCGGUACUUGUUCAGGAGUUGGUCGACAAGCUUCCGGCUCACUUGAAGCUGGAUUGGUCCUUGUACAAACGGCAGUUCCUGGUGGCGGAUUUGCGUGCAUUUGGUGCAUUCAUGGCGAAUUUGGUUUCUGCAGCGGCCGACGUGACCUUGACGCUGGACGUUGGUGGAUCGAAAGCAGGAAGAACAGAGAAGGCGAAAGGAUUCAUCAAUGCUCAUUCAAAUGCACCAGCAGCAAAGGAGUCGGUGAAUGCGCAGCAACAGCAGUCAAAGGAAGGAGGUUUUUCGGUGCGAUGUUUAGUCUGCGGUGAGCCGAAUCACAAAGUGAAGGAGUGCGAGCAGUUCAAGAAGAUGAGUGGAGAGAACAAAUGGAAAGCUGUUCAAAUGCACCAGCUGUGUCGCGUGUGCCUCGGCAAGCAUGGUAGGAAACCAUGCCGUUCCCAGAUACGCUGUGAAAUUCAGGGGUGUAGAAUUCGUCACCACCCACUUCUGCACAGUGGCUCGAAAGUUUCGAUACCCUCGGUUGGUUCGUCGUCCGGCCGCAGUGGCGCAGAGUUUUCUUCGAGUGAAGUCGAAGGGGUAAACGCUCAUCGUGACGGUCAGGGUACGACGCUAUUUCGCAUUUUGCCGGUGACGAUAUUCGCGAAUGGAAGAAGCGUGGACACGUAUGCCUUCAUUGAUGAAGGGUCAUCUGUCACGCUGGUAGAACAAUGGAUAGCAGAUGCACUCAAUGUCAAGGGUGUUAAGAAGCGGCUUUACUUAUCGUGGACUGGCAAUGUCACCCGAGAUGAGGAGAAUUCGUAUCAAAUUACGAUCGAGGUUGCAGGAAGCGAUUCAGAUCGUCGGCAUACACUUGAAGAUGUGCGCACUGUGAAUACAUUGGCGCUUCCGACGCAGUCUCUGCGAUACAAUGAGUUAGCUGAGCGGUAUCAACAUCUCCAAAAGCUUCCGGUGAAGGACUACGACGGCGUAACACCGGGAAUUCUCAUCGGAGCUGGGCAUACACCACUCACUGCCACCAAACAACUGCGCGAGGGUCGGGAGGGCGAGCCUAUCGCCGCGAAAACCAGACUUGGAUGGGCAGUAUACGGAUCGCUCCAGGACGGGAAGCAGAGUCGCUCGUAUAACCUACAUAUUUGCGAGUGUACUACAAACGAUAGGCUGCAUGAUUUAGUCAGGCAGUACUUCACCGUAGAGAACGUUGGUGUAUCAGCAGAUUGUGGGCCAGAAUCGGAAGAAGAGAAACGAGCCAGGUCAAUUCUUCAAGCGACGACCAGAAGAGUUGGAACCAGCUUUGAAACGGGACUGUUGUGGCGGCAUGACUAUGUAGAGUUCCCCGACAGUUAUCUGAUGGCGGUUCGUAGGCUACAGUGUUUCGAGAGGCGGUUGAAGUCGAACCCAAUAAUCAACGAGAGUGUUCGACGUCAAAUCAUUGAGUAUCAGCAAAAGGGGUACAUCCAUGAAGCGAGCAACGAGGAGCUGACAUCCACGGACCCGCGCAGGGUUUGGUAUUUACCAGUAAGCGUAGUUCAGAAUCCAAAGAAACCGAGUAAAAUUCGGUUGGUGUGGGAUGCCGCAGCCAAGAUUGACGGGAUCUCAUUGAACAGCAUGUUGCUGAAAGGCCCAGACUUGGUAGUACCAUUACCGACUGUAUUAUACGGUUUUCGGGAACAACGUGUGGCGCUUGGUGGCGACCUGCAGGAGAUGUUCCAUCAGGUGAAGAUACGCGCUGAGGAUCGUCACGCUCAGCGUUUUCUUUGGCGAGACGACCCGACGCAACAGCCCAGGAUCUUUAUCAUGGAUGUUGCGACAUUUGGUUCAACAAGCUCGCCGUGCUCGGCGCAGUUCAUCAAAAACCUGAACGCACAGGAAUAUGCUGAUGAAUACCCGAGAGCUGCUGAGGCUAUCCUACGUCGACAUUACGUGGAUGAUUACCUUGACAGCUUCGACAGCGAGCAGGAAGCCUGUCGGGUAGCUGAAGAAGUGAAGCUGGUUCACAAAAAGGCGGUUUCAACAUUAGGAACUGGCUGUCUAAUUCUUCGGAAGUUCUGCGACGGGUUGGGGUAA